GUCCGGUCUUGGCAUCCAUCCUCCCUUUUGAUGCCCUCACCUCUGCAAAUCGCUCGGCGACAUCACCACUUUCGCAUCUCAUAUCCCACCGCACACCAUGGCUGUCAAUAUCGUCGCUUUCUCCGCUGACACUGCAGGGCCAGUUCUCCUAUAUCCAGAUAUCUUCACGAUUGUCUGCUUCAACGACAGCUUCCAGGCCGCACUCGAACACAGCACCAUCAAGAUCCUGCUCCAAGUGUGCAGGCGAGUUCGACCUCUCCUGAGCUCCAAGCUGGCUCGCCUCGAUGACUGGUGUCGGGUUGCAGGGCUAUUUCAUCCAAAUGGGAAGCUGCGGAUCAGUCUCGCACGCAGCGACCGGAUCGCCCUCUCGCUGCAGUGCAAAAAUGCAGGCUCGGCAGACCGAUCUUGGCUCGUCGCCCAAGCGGACCUGGGCAAUACUGCCGCGUUAUUUUUUCUGGCUAGGGUCCUCCAGGUUGACUUGAAUCGACGCCGGCUGAAGCGGUGCGAUCGAGAAGACGCUCGCAAGCGAAUCUUCCACCUCCUCGAGGCAGCAGCCGAUGCAAACCACGCGAUGGCCCAGUUCCACCUGGCCGACCGCUAUCACCAUGGCUGCGGCGUCGACCAAAAUCACAUCAAGGCCUUCGAGCUGUAUCGCAGUGCUGCAGAACGGGGGAUACCUCAGGCUCAAGUCGCUCUCGGCCGCCGCUAUGAGAAUGGCGAAGGUGUCUAUCAGGAUUUCGAUGCAGCCAUCGAGUGGUAUUCAAAGGUCAGCAAUCAAGGCAACGACGAUAUUCGGCUUCGAAUCGUGCUCCUUCGAGGCUGGUUUUCGCUCAUCGGCCACGGCGUCGAUCAGAGCGACGUCGAUGCUCUCAGCCACUGGCAAGAGGUUAGCACCCAGCCCACCGACCCGACCCUCAAGUCGAUCGCGACGCACAUGGUCGGAUGGAUGCACUAUCUUGGCCGGGGAACCGAGCGCGACGAGCAGAAGGGCGUGAAGAUCAUUCGAGAGAACAGAUCGGCCAAGUUCCCUUUCGGAGAAACCGAAUGCUUGGCUGGAUCCAGUGACACCAAGUCCCGGUCGCAUCUCGGCCUCAGGCUUUUUGAGUUGUGUCAGUUCGGAUCGGACCACGACUGGUUGUGCAAGCAUCUUAUGGCCGUGUGUAUGGUUCGAGGAUUUGGAAUCGUAGAGCAUCGGAAUACCGCAGUGGAUACUUUCGCACAGCUCGCCAAUGAGGGUCACAGUGACAGUCAGUUUUGGAUUGGACAAUGCUUCUACCACGGCUGGGGAGUGUCGCAGGACCACAAGAAGGCAUUUGAGUGGCACAGCAAAUCGGCCAACCAAGGCAAUUCGUACGGACAGUGGAUGGCCGGUGUGUACUAUCUCAUGGGGAAAGGAGAUACUAGUGAUGAAACCAAGGCAGUUGAAUGCUUUCGCAAGUCAGCCGAGCAGGGCAAUCGGUGCGGACAAUAUUUCCUCGGCGACUGCUACAAGAAAGCCUCUGGUGUCGACAAGGAUAUCGACACUGCCGUUUUCUGGCUCCGCAAGUCGGCUGACCAGGGCUAUACUCGUGCCAUCAAUACACUCAAGAAUCUCGGCAAAUGGCCUUGAACACCAAGCACCUCCAGUGAGCCGUGUUCAGGUCUCCAGACAACUCCAUAAAGCCUUGGGAUGCUGGGACUGGCCAGCUCAGAUCUACCCUCAAGGUACACGUCGGCGACGUUGCAACCCUGGAACGUUCCCAUGGCGACGAUGCUCUAUUGUCACGUUCUUCCGAUGCAAAAGUUGGUAGAUCCGUGGAUGAAGAACAAUAUAUUCGCUCUGAGCAAGACAACAACUGUGCGCAAAGACAGUCCCGCCAAACCUGGAGAGCCGAUGUAAAUGGCUGAUUUGGGAUGGCAAUAGUGGGAAGCUUCCAGUAGCAAGCUCCAGGGCAACUG